AUGGUCGAUGAGUUGAAUAUUCCAGCCCCAUGUUCACGCAAAAAUCCAGCUCUGAUGAUCCGCGGGAGUACACUUUACAUUUAUGGUGGUCGACUUGAUGAGUGGAAAAAGGGUGCUACCUGGCACAAUGUCGCUGCAGAUUUGGAAAGGUGA